CGCCAAGAUGGCAGGCAAGCGAAAGUAACACUAUGGUCAUGAAGGCUUGUCAAAAAAGAUUCAGAUUUUAAUAUUACUGCUAUAAAAUGUUUUUUAUCGUUGCUUAAUCUCGAUCAAAUUUCUAUAUUUAUUGUUUUGGAGUUGAUUAAAACCAGAGUUUAAUUGAAAAUGGAGUCUGAUUCAGCACUGCACGACGAAGUUCACGAUGGCGCGGAAGACUCUCCCUUGGAGGAAGCACAAGCGACCGACGCAAAUGCCGACUACUCUGAAGACAAUGUUACUAGCCAGGAUUCGGAAGCUGCCACUACCGAAGAAUCGGCUACAAAUGGUGCCGCUCCAACUAGCAGUAGUGAUGCCUUGGAAGAGCCUGAAUCUGCCGUUGGUGAAGCAGAAGAUGACAUCCAAGAUAAUGAUGAAGCGAGUGCUGAGGCAGAGCCAGAGGAAAUGGAUAUUGAUGAUACAGCUACAGGAACUGUAACAGAUGGGCCGGUUUACAUUGGGGAUAACUGCUUGUCUACACCUGCGGCAACAGAUGAUGGCUCUCCCCAAGAUGAUGAACAUCAAAUGGACUCCCUGAAAGACCAAGGUGCGGAUGAGCUUGAGGGAACCGAGGCUCAAGAGGAAUCUCCGGAUCAGUCGAUAAGCUCAGCCACUCCAAUUGAGGGUGGAGUUGGGGAUGGAGAGGGGGAUGGUGACGGUGCACAAAUGGUGCAAGAUGAUGAGUCCAGCACUAUGGAUGAAGACAUGGGAGCUUGUGAAGGUGUUGCCAGCAGUGAUGACGUCAAUGACAUCAGCAGUGCUGCCCAGGAUGCAUUGAGUACAGGGAUAAGCUCAAGCACUGCCGAAGGUGGAUCGGACAUAACUAGCAGUGGACAGACAGAGGCAGCACUCAUAUCCUCUACAGCUAAUGGGCCAGCUGGGCUACUCCACUCUUUCUCCAUUGCGGCUCAACAGGCGCAUGCCAAUGAGUUCGGCGAUGCGGACACGUCGGAGAUGGAGGGAGCUGCGGACACGAUGCCGUCGGUCAGCGAGUCUAUGCCACUGCUGACGAUGGCCUCGAACGGCGCCGCGCUGCUCUCUCCCGGCUUGAUGCAAGGGGAAGAGGGCGGAGCAGGCGUGUCGUCGUCUCAGGCGGCGGAGAGCGCGGCGGCGGCGGGCGCGAGCGAGGGCGAGGGCGCCGUCAGCAGCUCGGUGGCCGGAAACAACGGCACGCCGCCGCUGCGGCCCGCCGACGCCGCGCACGCGCUCGCCACGCUGGCCAGCGCCGCGCUGCACCACCACGAACAGAAUGAAGCCGAUGAGCCGAAACAAAUAAACGACGAAGAUGCUUGGUUCACAGUGGGAAUCGUCAAAGGAACCACGUUUACGGUUCAAAACUAUUUGUCGGAUCCAAACGUGGACCUGUCCAACUUGUCGCUGGACAACUUGCCCGACCUGUCGGGUCUGCCGACGACGCCUCUCGAGCACGGCACCGCCUACAAGUUCCGACUCGCGGCCAUCAACUCGUGCGGCAGGGGAGAAUUUAGUGAAGAAAGCGCAUUCAAGACCUGUUUACCGGGUUUCCCCGGGGCGCCGUCUGCUAUAAAGAUCUCCAAGUCCGUGGAGGGCGCUCACCUGUCGUGGGAGCCUCCACAAGUGGCCGCCGAGGGCAUAUUCGAGUACUCCGUCUAUCUGGCAGUGCGCUCCAAUACUCAACCUAAGGAGGCGUCGAAGUCGCAACUGGCAUUCGUGCGCGUGUACUGCGGCAAGGCGAACACGUGCGUGGUGCCGCAGUCCUCGCUGAGCGCGGCGCACGUGGACUCCUCCACCAAGCCCGCUAUCAUCUUCCGCAUCGCCGCGCGCAACGAGAAGGGCUACGGCCCCGCCACGCAAGUCAGGUGGCUGCAAGAUAUGAAAUCAACGGGAGUAAAAAGGUCAGGCGAGGGCCGGUUACCCGGCGCGUCGCCAUCCAAACAGCCUAAACAAAUAAUGCACUGAACGGAGUUCCGAGUGACAUAAUCAAAGUAUCCCUAGAUUUAAGUAGUUAUAUGUACAGACUGAGUGAAUAUUGUUCGAUCCUCGCGCAUUAUCAAUGUAAUUAAUAGGCCUUUUCCAAACCUACAAUCUCUAUUUUAAAUCAUAAUAGCUCUUGAGGUUCUAUUUUUUUUAUGUGGUACACCAUUCCUUGCUAUUAUGCUAAUAGUGUCUUCAAAGUAAGGCGUAAUAAAAUAAGUUAAUGUAUUCGACUUUUUACUUUAGAUUAGUUUGACUGUUUAUAUCUGCAGUGCAAAUUACAUGACUACGAAUACAUGGUUUAUGUGUAUUCUAUGAAUAUGAUGUAAUAUCGUUUAUCUGUGUGGUGUGGCUAAAAUAAAAUAAAAAUAAAACAUCAUUAUCUCUUAUAGAUCUAUCACAUUCGUGCUCAUCUAGUGUGAUUACGAUUACCGAGGCUAAACAAUUAUAGUCUGUUUUUUAAGGAUCUAAAAGGUACGUAAACCAAAUAACCACAUGACUCGUUCAUUGCGCCUAUAAGUAGUAAUUUACGGUAUUAUAUCACUGGUUGAAUGGCAGUCAUCUUGUCUCUUUGAUUGCAUGACCAAAACAUUCUUGAGAGGAAAGGACGUCAUAUCAUGCAUUAAAUGAUUAAUGAUAUGGUGACAAAAACAUCAUAGCCCUCCUGGCCUGCUACUCGUAACACACGCUUAUCUAAAAUUCCAACGAAGUAUCCGAAGUGUCAUAGUUAUCUGCUGAGCAACAUGUGUUUCUGAUAUAAAUCUAAUUAUUUGCAAGUACAAUUAAUACAUAGUGUCAAAGUUGUCGCUUCCCGUACCGUCAUAAUGGACUUAUUCGGAACUGAGAAUCAUAACUAGUAACAGUAGGGUAAAAGCCCGAAUCAAAGAGUUAUUUAUUAUACGGUGGACAACAAUUUUAAGUACAAUCAACAAUCUUUACCCCUGUACAUGUUUCACUAUCUACAUAAUAUUCAGCAUUAAGAAGAGUAAAAUUACACCUGUUCAAAAUAAUAUUUGUUUGAUUUAAACUUAUUUAUAUAUGUAUACAACAUGUGACUGAGAAGGCAUAGGACUACGGUUAUAAAAAGAUCUAUACGUGGUAACUGGUAAUCUUAUAAUAAAAUCACACGCUCUCAAACGCCAGUUAGUAUUUCAAAUUCUAGAUCAAUAACUAUGUAAAAUUUAUUACAUAAAUAUAGUACAGCUUUAAAUGUUCGAUCCUUUAUUUAAAUAAGUAGUAUACAAUUGGAUGUAUUCGAAAUAAAAUAUACCGGAAAUUUAAUCGCAUUGUAGAUUUUGUUCAGACAUGUUUUUAUCUGCAGAUAAUAAAGUUAUUUUUCCAAGUUU